AUGAGCAGCCUUGCCAGCAACACAGAGUCCGAGUUUUCUGAUGAAGAGCUUGACAGCAGCACCAUGGACCAUGAUGACGACAGCAGUGGAAGUGAGAGAAACUCCAAGAAGUCUUCUCCUGAGAGGGACAGUGCUUCAAGCUCCGGCCAGAACCAGGGGACCUCAAAAAUUGCUGGUAAGAAGCGGAGUCGGCCAGUGCGUUCCAAAGCCCGCCGGGUAGCAGCUAACGUCCGUGAACGUAAACGAAUUCUGGACUACAACCAAGCCUUCAAUGCGCUGCGUAUGUCCCUGAACCACGACCUCAGUGGCAAGCGGCUGUCGAAGAUUUCCACGCUGCGUCGGGCCAUUAACCGCAUCUCUGCACUCUCCAUCUUCCUAAGAAACCACCCACCACCCACAGCUGAAAGAACCUGUAGCCACGUGGAAUGCCUCCAUGGCACACAGGAGGAGAAUGGAAGGCUGGUUCCAGUAAAGGAGAGGGGCUAUCAAUCGGUAAAGUACCUCCCUCACCAGCAGCCUGAACUACAAACCCCACAAACGCACAAACCGUACAGUCACAUUAUGCCAUCUGAGCCACCCCAGCUCUACCCGGACCUAUCGCUGCAACCUGGGUCUGCAUGCCCACCCUCGCCACACUAUGCACAGUACUCACCAGACUCCCAGAUGUGCAUGGGCCAUGGACUCUACAGCCAUCCACGUGAGGAGACAUUUAACAAUAAUAACAACAACAGUGGCCACUGCUAUGGGGUCGGACAGGGCUUCCAGUAUGGGGUGAAAGCCACUUGUCACCAGAACCACACAGACAGCUUUGUAGACCCUGCUGUGCCGUUUUCUUGGCAACUCGGUUACUUGCCGGGCUCCAGCUACCAGCAGUCUCUUAGCAUACACUGA